AUGCAACUAUUUGCACGCCGCUCAUUUGUACAUCGGGCUAAAUUUGCAUAUUGCCAGUAUAUUCCAUCCCUGGGCCAUGAUCAUUCGGGCAGCGGCGAUCAUGGCCACAUCAACAAUGACAACAAUAUCGCCAUCGAGGAGAAACAGUGGGAACGAGCGGGAGCACUGGUUCAGUCGUGCACAACGGGAGAAGCAUUGGACCAUAGACACAAAACAAAGCAAUGGCGAGUGGUCAUUGAAACGGACAAGGGUGGGUACGAAGAAAGCGAUGCGAGCAGUGAUACUGACGGCGAAGAUGAUGGGCAAAUAGUGAUGGACAAUGGAAGUAAACGAACGAAAACGCAGAGGAAUGUCUGUGUCGGUGUUAUUGCCAUUGCUUAA